ACGCAGGGGCACUGCGGAGCCUGGGGGCGGCGGCGGCGGCGGCGGCGGCGAAGCAGGAUGGAGAUCCCGGUGCCUGUGCAGCCGUCUUGGCUGCGCCGCGCCUCGGCCCCUUUGCCCGGACGCCUCUUCGACCAGCGCUUCGGCGAGGGGCUGCUGGAGGCCGAGCUGGCUGCGCUCUGCCCCGCCACGCUGGCCCCUUACUACCUGCGCGCACCCAGCGUGGCGCUGCCUGCCGCCCAGGUCCCGACGGAACCUGGGCAUUUCUCGGUGCUGCUGGACGUGAAGCACUUUUCCCCAGAGGAAAUCGCCGUCAAGGUGGUUGGUGACCACGUGGAGGUGCACGCGCGCCACGAGGAGCGCCCGGACGAGCAUGGAUACAUCGCGCGCGAGUUCCACCGCCGCUACCGCUUGCCGCCUGGUGUGGACCCUGCCGCCGUGACGUCCGCGCUGUCGCCUGAGGGCGUCCUGUCCAUCCAGGCCGCUCCCGCGACAGCCCAGGCGUCGGCCCAGGCUCCGCCGCCGCCGCCGCAGGCUGCUGCCAAGUAGGCGUCCUGCCUGGACCCAGGGAGCCGCCUCUGGCCCCCUCUUUUAAAGCCGACCUGACUCCGCCCAACCACCCACCCAAUCUGGGAUCCUACCCUGACCCUUCCCAACUAGAUCCUGCCCUGGUAACCUAGACUUUUCCACUGACACUCAUGCUCUCAUACCCACUCCAGUUUUCAAGCCCCCCCCUCCCCCACAUACACAUCUCCCUAGCUUCCAGGCCCUAUAAGCAUAACACUUCAGCCUACAGUCUCCCAGCCCCGCUGACCCCACUUUCUUGGCAAUAUAAACCCACUCAAAACUCCC